AUGGCCAAGACCAAGAACCACACCACCUACAACCAGUCCCGAAAAUGGCACAACAUGGCAUCAAAAAAACCCGACCAUAAAGAUACAAAUCUCCUAAGGAACAUGCGCUUUGCCAAGAAGCGCAACAAGAAGGGCCUGAGGAAGAUGCAGGCCAACAACGCCAAGGCCUUGGGCGCAUGCGCUGAGGCUAUCAAGGCCCUCAUCAAGCCCAACACCCCAAAGGGCCGCAGCCACAAGCUCAGUCAACUUGCCUACAUCGCUGACCCAAAGCUUGGGAAACGUGCUCAUGCCCGCAUCGCCAAGAGUCUCGGGCUGUGCCAGCCAAAGGCCAAGGCCACGGAUGAAACCAAGCCUCAGGCUGCAGCUCCGGCUGCAGCUCGAGCUCCCACUCCCAAAGGUGCCCAGGCCCCCACGAAGGCUCCACAGUAG